AUGCCUUUGGGAAAUCCAGAAAUGGUUGAAUCAAUGAAGAAAGUAGCUGGAAUGGAUGUGGAGUUGACAGUGGAAGAGAGAAAUCUGCUUUCUGUUGCAUAUAAAAACGUGAUUGGAGCCAGAAGAGCUUCCUGGAGAAUAAUCAGCAGCAUUGAACAGAAAGAAGAAAACAAAGGUGGAGAAGAUAAAUUAAAAAUGAUCCGGGAGUAUCGGCAAAUGGUUGAGACCGAGCUGAAGUUAAUUUGUUGUGACAUUCUGGAUGUACUGGACAAACACCUCAUUCCAGCCGCGAACACUGGCGAGUCCAAGGUUUUCUAUUACAAAAUGAAGGGGGACUACCAUAGGUAUCUGGCUGAAUUUGCCACAGGAAAUGACAGGAAGGAGGCUGCAGAGAAUAGCUUGGUGGCUUACAAAGCUGCUAGUGAUAUUGCAAUGACAGAACUCCCACCAACACAUCCUAUCCGCUUAGGACUUGCUCUCAACUUCUCUGUAUUCUACUACGAAAUUCUUAAUUCUCCUGAUCGUGCCUGCAGGUUGGCAAAAGCAGCUUUCGAUGAUGCUAUUGCAGAACUGGAUACACUGAGUGAAGAAAGCUAUAAGGACUCUACACUUAUCAUGCAGUUGUUACGUGAUAAUCUGACACUAUGGACUUCAGACAUGCAGGGUGAUGAUUCCUAAAGGAAAGUCCAACUGUUCAUUUCCUAAAAACUCUACUUUGUGAAGAACAGAAUAAAGAAGCGCUGCAGGAUGUGGAAGAUGAAAACCAGUGAGACACAAAGGCCAACAAGAGAACCCAUCUCUGACCACCCUCCCCCUUCCCCACAAAAUCCCUCAGUGUCACUCUGAGAACCACCAAAUCUGACUUUUACAUUGGGUCUCAGAAUUUAGGUUCCUGCCCUGUUGGGUUUCUUUAUUUUAUUUUUUUUUUUACACAGUUUAAAAGUUCUUAAAGGCAAGAGUGAAUUUCUGUGGAUUUUACUGGUGCCAGCUUUUAGGUUAAGACACUAACAGGACUUUGUAAAGGCUCUUUCAGCAUUACUGUAUGGUCCUCUGCCAGAUGUGGGGAGGGCGCCCUUAGCAGUGAACGUUACAUCUGGAGGCCGGUAGACUUGUAGGGGAGAUCUGUAUUCGCAUGGUAGCGCGCAUGUGGUGGCAUUUUUCUUUUUUAUAACUGUUUAAACUGAAUUUUAUACCAAUGUUUAAACUUAAUUGGGUGUUUAGCUUGAAGUUACAGGUUGCAUUGGGACACAUUGUAGUGGUUUUACUGUAAAGUUUCCAAACUGCUCAAAUGUUGCUGAAAAACAUGGUGCUGGUAACAGUUCAACAAUCCGUGGCUGCUCAUUCUUGCCUACUCUUUACUUUUCCUCAAAGCAGGUUAGCAUUGAAGGUGGCAUUGAUAAGCCUGCAUGCGUGUUCAAUAUUUUUUCUUUCUCCCUCCCCUUUCCCCAUCUCCCUUCGCUCGCUCAACCUCUUUUGUUCAGUAUGUGUAACUUGAAGCUAAUUUGUACUACUGGAUAUCUGACUGGAGCCACAGAUACAGAAUCUGUAUUGUUCUUACUGAAACACAGCAUGGAAUUAACAUUAAACUUAAAUAAAACAAACCUAAAUUAAAAAUGCCAAA